UAGUAAGAACGACGAGAAUGACAACAAAACGAAGAAGACUAUGAUUUGACUUUAUAGAAAGGAAAAAGGGAAAAAAUAAGACUAUGAACGCCCGAUCACAGGUUUUUGAGCUGUCCCUGGAAGGAAGACAAGUAGAAGAAGCUGUACUGAGUUUAUUCCACACAAUCUUGUUUCACAGAACUACAGGAAAGUUUAACUACAAACAUGGAGGCUCUUACACUAUUGGAACUGUUGGGUUUGAAGACGUGGAUUGUGAUUUUGUAGACUUUACUUAUGUCCGUUGUGACUCUAAUGAACUGGAUUUAUAUAUUCGUAAACAAGUACGAGAAUUUAAGGAUGCUUUGAGGGAGGAAAGUGGGUCGAAAAGUGGACAAAUAUCCCUUGAAUUUUACCAAAAGAAAAAAGGAAAAUGGCUGUUCGGAGCUGAAUCUGUCCCAUGGGAGAUUUGGACUGUUAAACUUAAUGUUAUUACAUUAYCCAAUGAACAUGAAAGGCAGAUAUGUAGAGAAAAGGUUGGGGAAUCACUCGCAGAGAAAGUUCUUUGUAUCGCUGAAGCAAUGAAUCGAAGAGACUAUGUGCCAAAGCCCAACCAACAAUCCGAUCUAGCUAAUGUCUUUGAUGUUAGUUUUAAGGAAAUACAACCCUACUUACAUCGUAUGAGCUACCAAACUUCAGACCAGCCAGCUUCAUCUGUGGGAAAUACCAUGAAAAAAAUGCUAUUGGAUACAUUUUCGUACUAGAUCAAUGCCGGGCAGUUAAUGAAGCUCGGUCCGAUAUACAAUAAUCAAAAUAUUCAAAAGGUGGAACUAGACUUUUGAGUUGAAAAAUCCACCAUAGCAAAUAUCAAUUUUGUUCUUUUAGGAGAUGGUAUUUCCUUAUGUUAUAUCAAUACACUAUUCCUARUUAUGAUUGUGAAAUGAGGAAUAGAUCAAUGAAAUAAAAAUCGGCAAGGUUUUUUU